UUUUUUUUUUCUCUUGUUCCUUCUCUCGUCCGUCCUGUUCUCGCUCCCUUCGUUUCUUCUUGAUCGUGUGAAGAUUGCUUUUCAUCAUUCCCUAUCUGGGGAGUGGUCUUCCUGCCAAUCUGCCUCCUCUCGUGCCCUCUCCAUCCCGAGUCCAUCCCCCCACCUACGACCGAGUCGCAUUCUCCACCUGCCUUGAAGCUCCCUCCUGUCCUUCAAUAUCACCGUCCCCCCAACGCAGAUUUAGACCUCUUAAUUUAAUCAACCCUUUCAUCACCGAUAAAAUCUCCAUCAUGGACUCAAGCUCCUCUCUCUCGUCACCCCACCGGGAUGCGCAGACAUCCAAUCUUCAACAGACCCUAACCUCCCCCCCAAAUGCGAAUCAAACCCAGAUAUUCCCUGCCCAAGCGACAACUGAGCAACCACAAGAGCCCUCGCAAAAUAACGCACAGUCUACCACUACCUUGGUAUCAUACUCGACACUCGAGAACUACCCACACCAAGUAAACGGUGCCGGUGGCCCGACCGCGACCGCGCCGUUCCUGCGAGACUUCAGUUUAGUUGCAGAGGCAGCGAAACGGGCGCAAAUGGCAGUUGUGAUGCGAGACUUAGAGGGUGUCACCCUAUAGACCCCGAUACACUUGUGCGAUCUGUUCAGCGGAAUUAUUACAUGCUCCCAUUAAUGAUGUCUUAUGUUCUGCUUCUCUUUCCCUUCCUUCCGUUUCUUUUCUCUUACUUUCUGCGAGGGUAUGGGAGAUAUCUGCCCUUGUUAGGGACGAAUGAGUGAGUGGGCACGGUUGCAUACUGGUGCGCUUUGGAUAUUAAUCUUUUUUCUUUUUUCUUUUUUUUUUCUUUUGCUUCUGCCAUAUAUAUAUAUAUAUAUUUAUGGCAUUUUCUUUCUUUUUACGAUUUGGACCUAACGACGACUGGGAAGGCUGGCGUCUUUGGCAGGGACCCUUAUCCUCUUGAUACCAUUCUUGCUUCUUUUUACUCCGUAUUACUUUUUAUUGAUCUCGGAAUAAAUUCAAUUUCCA